AAUCUCUCGAACAUAGAGGCACCGCGCUGUCACCUUUGGACUCGUCACUACUAGAAUCUAACCAAAGAUUUCUCAUGCUAUGGCAUCUCUAAAGGAAAAAAUUAAAGCUAAGCUCGGCAGAAAGAAACCAGCAACACCCCCGCUCGGCGAAGCCUCAUCUACUUCCGUUACUCCACAUGCAUCGGUCGUUCUUAAUCCUGCUACAUCUCCGCCCAGCUUGCCAGAGCGACUAUGGAACCAAGCAUACGACCAGGCGAACGCCUUUGACCCGAACACCGUCGCCGCAUACGAGACAAUUCUGUCCGCCCGAUUGAUCCGGAAAGAUGCAGACCCUGCAGACUCCUUACAAACUGCAGACCUCGCGUUGCAGCGGAACGAGAUUGAGCAGGAUCCAGAGAAGCGGCAGGCGCAGAUGCGUCGGCUCGUCCAAGACGGCCUGCACAGGACGGAAAAGGAUGCCAAGAUGAAGCAGGGCAUGGAAGACGGCAUCCAGGCCGCCAUGGCCGUGAAGGAGGUUGUCGACAGCGCGGUGCAGGCGUCGCCACAAGCGGCUCUCGCCUGGGUUGGCGUGUGCUUUGCGCUUGAGAUCUUGAUGAACCCGCUCACCCAGGCGAGCUCCAACCGGCAAGGUAUUACGUACGUCGUGUCAAGGAUGGACUGGUACUGGAACAUGUCUAGUCUGCUGCUAGACAAGAACACGACCGAAGCGCAUUCGCAAGGCCUGCGAGGUGAGCUCGAGAAGAACAUCAUCCAGCUCUACGCAAAACUCCUGUUGUACCAGAUGAAGAGCGUGUGUUACUAUCAUCGGCGACGGCUGUCUGUGUUAGCGCGGGAUCUAGUCAAGCUAGAAAAUUGGGACGGCGAGCUGAGCGACAUACAAGCGGCAGAGGCGGCAGUGCAACAGGACUCAGAGCAGUACAAUACAAUGUCAAUCCGGAAUCGGCUUGGCGCUAUUGCUGAGACGGCCGACUCGCAGAAUGCUAAGCUCGACAGCAUUAGCUCAGCAAUUCAGAAUCAGACCAGGCGGCAGGAGAGAAUACACGAGACCGAAGCGGAUAAUAAGUGCCUAAUAGACCUGUGUAGCACUAAUCCUCGCGACGACAAGAAGCGCAUUGAAGAGACCAAGGGCGGCCUGCUCAAGGACUCGUACCGCUGGGUCCUUGAAAACUCUGACUUCCAACAAUGGCGCAAUGACCCCCAGAGCCGGCUGCUGUGGGUUAAAGCCGAUCCUGGAAAGGGCAAGACAAUGCUGCUAUGCGGGAUCAUCGACGAGCUGCAGAAGUCGAUGGGCGCAACAGGUCUUCUUUCGCACUUCUUUUGCCAGGCCGCCGACCCGCGCAUCAACAGCGCCACAGCUGUGCUGCGAGGCUUAGUGUACUUGCUGAUCGAACAGCAGCCAUUACUAAUCUUGCAUGUGCGCAAAAAGUACGACCAUACAGGCAAAGCGCUAUUCGAGGAUGCGAACGCCUGGGUUGCCUUAGCCGAGAUCUUCACACACAUGCUGCAUGACCCGAAUUUAAAUAGCACGUACCUCAUUAUCGACGCGCUCGACGAAUGCGUUGCAGACUUACCAAGGCUGCUAAAAUUUAUCGCUGAGCAGUCGUCUAUGUUAUCUCGCGUCAAGUGGAUUGUCUCAAGCCGCAACUGGCAGGAAAUCGAGGAACAUCUUGAAGGGGCGGGACACAAAGCGAAACUGUCACUUGAGCUUAACGCAGCAUCCGUGUCUACGGCUGUCGGCAUAUUCAUUAAGCAUAAAGUGCUUCAGCUGGCAGAACGGAAGAAGUACAACGAGCGAACGCGAACUGCUGUGCUGGACUACCUUUCCUCAAAUGCGAACGACACCUUCCUCUGGGUAGCGUUGGUCUGUCAAAAUCUUGAGAAAAUUUCUCGAUUAGACACUGUUGCAAGACUUAACGAAUUUCCACCUGGCCUUGACCCUAUUUACGUGCGGAUGAUGCAACAGAUAAGCAACUCGUACAACGCAAAUCGCUGUAAACAGAUCCUUGGCUUAAUCGCGAUAGUAUACCGACCGAUCACACUGCAAGAGCUUACUUCUCUUGUGGAGACACUCGAUGAUAUAGCUGACAACCCAGAGUCGAUAAGGGAGAUCAUUGGCCUUUGUGGCUCGUUUCUUUUUCUGCGAGAGAACACAGUUUACCUUGUGCAUCAGUCAGCAAAGGACUUCCUAUUGUCCAAGGCAUUUAGUAAAAUCUUUCCGUCUGGAAUAGAAGAGGCUCACUACGUAAUCUUCUCAAGAUCUCUCCAGGUCAUGUCUAGGACCCUGCAACGGGAUAUGUACGGCUUGGAAGCGUUACGACAUCCUAUCGAGGACGUCCAACAGCCAGAUCCGGAUCCGUUUGCAGCAUCGCGCUACUCGUCUAUCUACUGGGUUGAUCAUCUUUACGCCUCAAAUCUUGCGUCUUCAGCGAGCUACAACAAUGCAUUACAUAAUGGAGGCAUUGUUGACGUGUUUUUGCAGAAAAAGUUUCUCUACUGGCUAGAAGCUCUUAGUCUGUGUAAGAGCGUGCCGAAGGGUGUUGUUUCGGUAGAGAAAUUAUGGUUGUUAAUCCAAAGAAGAGGAGAUGCGAGUGCAUUUACUGAGCUUGUCAAGGACGCGCAUCGGUUUAUUAUGUAUCACAAGGGAGCUAUUGAGCAUAGCGCUCUCCAGGCCUAUGUAUCUGCGCUGUUAUUCAGUCCAUUAAAGAGUUCGAUAAGAAGGCAUUUCCAGCAUGAAGAGCCAGAUUGGCUCACAAUCAAGCCGGCAAUGGGCGACGGCUGGAGCGCGUGCCUGCAGACGCUCGAGGGCCAUAGCCAUUCCGUCAACUCAGUGGCCUUCUCUCACGACUCGAUGCGGCUGGCAUCGGCGUCGUACGUAUAGAGUCUCGCAAGCCGAGAUAUCAAGGCCUAGCGUUGAGUUUAGAUGGGACAUGGAUAACAUAUAACUCUAAGAAGCUAGUAUGGCUGCCAUCAGAGUAUCGGCCAUCAUGUUGGGCAGUAUUAGGGAAGAAAAUCGGCAUUGGUGUUGGAACUGGAAGAGUCUGGAUAUGCGAAACUUUGCUUAAUAUAGCCUAGCAAGAGCGUUUGUAAAGAGUUAACUUAUUAUUUUUAUUUUCUUUUUUAUCUCUAUUUUAUAGAGGGGCCAGGGAUUAAGUUUUACUACUUAAACGUUAGUAGAUAUAGAUAAACGCAUCUAUAACGCUAGUAGGGAGAACGGCCG